GCUUUAACUCGUCAGGAAGCGGCUGGAAACGCAUCCGCCGCAGGGAGAUUCCCACUCGACCGACCCACUCCUCCAUUCACCGGACACUGACAACAAAUCGGAUGCCACGGUUGAGCUGUCCACGCCGUCCCUAAACAAGUGUCUUCUCAUCGAUUCAUCGGGGCUGUUUCGGGGAACGAUAAAGCUGGAUGGUUGCGCUCAUGAAAAUCACCCGUGACAUAUGUCGUCUGUUGGGGUUCGCCAGCGGUCCGCCUGCGCAGCAGCAGGAAGAACACAAGGACCGUGGUGCCACAGUCCCUGGCCCAAAUGAUGCUAGGGCUAUAUCCCAGGAUGCAUUAAAUGUCGAGGAGGACCUGAGCGAUGAUGAGAAGGUCAGACGCAGAGCAGAGCGACGCAGGGCCAAGAGAAAGCGCCGUCGAAUACGGAAGAAGUCAGAGCAGUUGAAGCAAACCGACAAAGAGAGACAGGAUGAAGACGAAAAAGGCGGCGAGUCGGAAUUGGAAGACUCUGAUUCGGAAGCGGAAGCUAACGUGGAGGGCCAGAAAGACCUGCAAAAGGAUGACAAAAAGGAUGUAAAAGCAGCUGCCUCAGACAAGCCCACUACCUCCAAAGCUGCCACUCCCUCCAAAGAGCGUCGGAAGGCCAAAUCGACGGAAGAGGAGCCCGAGUGGGACAUUAGCAGUGCCUUCUUUGCCAACGCCGCUAGCCACGUCAAGCCUAAAGGCCGCAAGUCCAAAGAGAACAAAGAGAACGAGGCCAGAAGGAAGACACAGCUAACUGAAGCCAUGACAAGGAAAAGCACAUCACUUGCAGAAAAAGGAAUAAAGCUAGUGCAAGAGGAGCACUACUCGCAAGCAGCCCGCAUGUUUACAGAAGCCAUCAAAUGUGACCCAGCUGAUUACAGGUUCUAUGGGAACCGUUCUUACUGCUACUAUUGGUUGGAGCUGUACCCUCAGGCCCUGGCAGACGGAGAGCGCUCCAUCCAGCUGGCUCCAGGGUGGCCCAAAGGAUACUUCCGCAAGGGCAGCGCUCUCAUGGGCAUGCAGCGGUACAGAGAAGCGGAGAAGGCUAUGGAGCAGGUGCUAGAACUGGACAAAGACUGUGAAGAGGCUGUCAAUGAACUCUAUGAUUGCAAAGUGCUGCAAUUGAUGGAGUAUGGUUUUGAUGAAGUGGACAGCGGGUUGCUACUAGAGAAAUUCUCAACGGUGCAAGAUGUUUUGGCAACUUAUUUCGAUGUUGCUGGAGCGCCUAACCAAGAUCAAUCUGUUGUACAACAUGGGCCUUGCCCAUCUCUGUGGGUGGGAAAUGUGACAGCGGAGCUGACAGAAAAACACCUAAAGGACGUCUUUAAAGUGUAUGGCGAGAUCGAAAGCAUCCGUUUGCUGCACGAGAGGUUUUGCGCCUUUGUUAAUUUCAAGAAUGCCAGUGACGCCGCCCGUGCGAAGGACAAACUCAACGGUCAUUUUAUUGAGAACACACGUGUAGUGGUGCGCUAUCCGGACCGUCGCCAGCAGCGAGUUCCUCCUAUUCCUCUCGGUGUCACGCAGCAAGCGGCCGCUUCUGCUGGACCACGGCGACGAGGCCCCGUGAACGGAGAUGAGUGUUACUUCUGGAGAACCACAGGUUGCUAUUUUGGAGACAGGUGUCGCUACAAACACAUUCCCGAUCACAAAGGAAAUGACAAGAAGCCGUGGCUGCCUUAAUCGCGCUUCCUAGUUUACAGAAAACCGGGACACAGCGUCAGAGGAACUGGACUGUACGUUACUGUGCAGAGCAGCGUCUCUCGGCUAGUAUGCAACAUACCCUGGUAAAAACGGAGCACAGUCAAGGUCAGUGCCAGCACUCAGGUUUAAACACAUGAGAAGUCAAGCAUGUGCCAUGAUGCACUUUGACCACAAAACAAGGGAGCAACAACAUCGCCUAACUGUGACUUGAUGACACAUGCUGACUUCUUGGUGCCUUAAGGGAUACAAGCAAACCUCUCACACACACACAUGGUCCCAUGUUUUCUAUUGGUUGCACAGCAAAGAACAAAUGAUUGUAUUACGCGACAAAUGACUAUAAGGCCACUUUGAAAAGAAAUGACAUGGGAAAAUGACAAGUUACUGGAUUAAAGUUUGGAAUGGAGUAAAACAUUUAAAAGGAACAAAAACCAAAACGUUUUUGUGAUGGUGUCCAAACAUUGACAAGUGAAUAUCACAAGUGCCGUGUUUUAUUUGUAGUCUCAUUUAUAGAUGCUGAUUUUAGUCUCAUAAAAAGAAAGCUUUUUGUAAUAUUAACGAUUGUAUUCUUAUAAAAUUGACUUUUCCCUUUAUAAUAUUGCAACUUUUAUUUUGUCAAAUGAAUGCGACUAUUUUGUGAAACAGCCCCCUUCUUUGCAACAAUUACGCUCUUAUAAUUAUGACUUUAUUCUCAUAGAGACAUCUUUUUUCUUUACAAUUUUAUGCUCUUGAAGUGACAUUAGAUGUAUUACAUCUUUAUUCUCAGAUGUGAAGUGAUGACUUUAUUCUUGUACGGUUAUAGUUUUAUUUCUCCUCGACUUGCACGAUCUCUCAUUUCUUUUCAAUGUGGCCUUCAUAUUUUGUGGGGGGAAAACAGAAUGACAUUUAGUUUUACUUCUCAUCAGCAUUUCCUUAAAACUGGAUUCAAUCUUUUUGCCAUCACCUUCCAAUCCAAGUCUUUUGUAAGAACUCCAAAUGGCAAAACAAGCCAAAACUAUUUAGUGCCUUAUUUGCAAAGCUGCCUUGAUUUAUACAACCAGUAGGAAAAAAAAAACCUUAAGGGACUAGAUACUAAUCCCCUUAUAUGUAUCGUAGACUUUUUUUUUUUUUUUCUUUAAUAAAGCAGUGCCAACACACUACUGCUCAAUCUAUGCAAAAAAAAAAAAAAACGCUAAUUUUCUUUUCUGGACAAACACGUCCACACUCAUAAUUUUUUUGGGCUAUGACGCUUGUAUGUCCGACCUGUUCUCGUCCUUGUUUAGACGAUGCAGUUAAUGAAAAGCUAUGUUUCUAAUCGGUCAGUAUUUCGUUGAACCAGAGUCCGGUACCUCUGCACGGGGGAAAAAAAAAGGGCCUACACGUCAUCAUUAGUGCAUUAAAAUUAGCAUUGUCCAACCUAACUGCAGUUUCUAGUUUAAAUCCACACUACACAAGUACACGUGACAGUAUUUACUAUUUAUCGCUCUUUUCGAUUGAAGUUCCUGUCACAUUGUUAAGAAUAGGUUGAAAAAAAUGUCUUUAGUACAAAUUGUUUUAUUGUUGGGUGAGCGUUCUUAUUAAGCACACUUUAUUCUAACACUGUUUGUGGCACUUGUGUUCCGUAUUUGUUAUUUUCUUAAAAAAUGUAUAAAGAGGGAUUGGGCGCCCGACUUUAUACUUGCUGCAUGUUCAAUUGUCAACUGCACAUGGUUUUAAGUUUGACAUUUCUUGCCUUUGUUGUUGCUUUAUUGGUGCAUUUCACCCUUUUUCCAAAAAGGUUUUUCAAGAAACGGUAUUUUCAGUUUCAAUGCAACGCAUUGUUGUUGAAUAUUUUGUAUUAUCGUCGCUGCACUGUUAUAAAGAGUGUUUUGUAUUUAAUAAAGAUUUUUCACAUCCCUAUG